AACCCUCAUGUUUUCUCCUCAGUUCAGCUCCGAGACGCGAUCAGGACGCUGGAUUUUUACCUGAACAGACUCUGACAGAUAGGAAGAUUUAGACCGAACAGAAGAAAAUGAAGACCCUCAUUUUAAUGUUACUUCUGGGAACAGGCAGAGUGACGGCAGCGAUUCACUCUAUCAAGUAUUUCUACACUGCGUCUUCUGGAAUUCCCAGCUUCCAUGAGUUUGUGGGAUUUGGGGAGGUCGACGAUGUUCAGAUGAUUUACUUUGACAGCAGCACCAGUACAGCAGUGCCCAGACAGGACUGGGUGAAAGAAUUCUUAGCAGACAAUCCAGAGUUCUGGCAGCUGCAGACUGAGCGCUUUAUGUACUAUAAACAUUUGUUCAAAUACGAAAUUGAAACAGCAAAGCAACGCUUCAACCAAACUGGAGGUGUCUACAUUUUCCAGAAGCUGUACGGCUGUGAAUGGGAUGAUGAGACAAGUGAGAUUAAUGGGUUUGAUCAGUAUGGUUUUGAUGGAGAAGACUGGAUAUCAUUGGACCUGAAGACAGGGACAUGGGUUGCUACAAAACCACAGGCUGUCUUCAUCAAACAUAAAUGGAACAAUGACCAAUUUCGAAUGUCAGACUUUAAGUACUACCACAGCCAGUACUGUCCUGAGAGGCUGAAGAAUUAUGUGAACUAUGGGAGGAGCUCACUGAUGAGAAAAGAGCUUCCAUCAGUGUCUCUCCUCCAGAAGACUCCCUCCUCUCCGGUCACCUGCCUCGCUACCGGUUUCUAUCCCCACAGAGCCGACUUGUUCUGGAGGAAAAAUGGAGAGGAGCUUCAUGAGGACGUGGACAAAGGAGAGAUCCUCCCCAACCAUGAUGGAACCUUCCAGAUGAGUGUUGACCUGAACAUUUCAUCAAUCGCUCCUGAAGACUGGGAGAAGUACGACUGUGUGUUUCAGCUGUCUGGUGUCAAAGACGUCCUUGUCACAAAACUGGACAAAAGAAAAAUCUUGUCCAAUAAAGGUUCUUCAGGGUUCCCUGUUGCUGCUGUUGGUGUUAUUGGAGGACUGUUCGUCCUGGCAGUCUGCAUCACUGCAGUUCUCAUCUGUAGAAGAAAAUAUAACGGCUUCAGUCGUACGAGCAAUUGACACUUCAUCAGCUGAACAUCCAGACCCUAAGAAGGUGAGUAGAUUAUGACAUAAACACACCUCACCAAACUGAACACGUGUAUGUGUACAUAUAUAUAUAUAUACACACACACACACACACACACACACACACACACACACACACACACACAUAUAUAUAUAUACUGUAUAUGUGUGUUCCAUGGCCUCAGGAACGAUGGUCUUCUGGCCAGUUGUCAAGUCUGCAGUCUCCCUCAUAUUGAAUCGAACUGAGACAAUUGAACCAAACUGAAGGAAUUUAAUGACACCUGGGGAAACCUGUGCAGGUGCUGUGAGUUUAGUAGAUGAUUAGUGUGUGACACUCAGUUUAAAACAUUCAUGCUGUCGAAUGGGGCCUAGUUUUGAGAUCCCAGAAACAACCAAGGUUGAGAGGUAACAAAAGUUCUAAGCACGUUCAUUUAAACAGCAGACCAAUAAAGAUCUAUUUGAAGAAACCACAUAAUGUAACCAAGUGAUUAUGCUUAAGCAGAGCAGUGAUUUUUGUAACCUGAUGCAUAUUUUUGAAAUACUGAAGUGUUUGAAUAAGGAAUGUGAGUGAUUCAAACAAGUAAUCGUUUAGGAAAUGUUUUGUUCAUGAUUGAAGUAUUAAAUGUGAAGCAUGUUGUGUGAUCAGGCAAAUGCAGUGAUUUAAAGGAAUGAUUAUGUGUGACAAGUACUGUGUCUGAAAAGAGGAAGUUGAUUUUAAACUGCGCACUUACUAGAAAAGAGGAACUAGAGUGUUACCCAAUGUUGAGCAAUGCUUAGCCUCUACAGGGCAAUGAUUUUGUCUCACAGAAUGUUGUUCCAAAAAUGGUCAAUCCUUGUAAUAAUUAAAUAAGUGCAAUGAUCUCAUGUAGGAUGCAGUCCCAAGUAUGGGUAUUGGAAAUCAUGUGUAAUCAUUCUGAAAUGUAAUGUAAUCAGAGUAUAUUCAAUGUGUGUGUAUUGGAAAUGUGACACUGAAUCACCAUGACUAGGCAACUGAGCCCUCAGAUACUGGGUGUGUAUUGAGAGAUAGCUGUAUAAAAAGAGGAGACAGAGACAAAGCAUUCGGAGUUUAUCGGAGUUUUCGAAGUUCUCUGAGUUGUCAGAGACGUCGACGGGCUUGACACCGGGUUAAGCCUGCCAGAGUUCUUUGAGGACAUCGUUGGAAGAAAAGUUCUCCGGACCUUGUUCAAGAAAAGAAGACCAAACUCUGCUGAUGAAGAAAAGUUCCAGUCGGUCCACGGAGUCACCAAGAAGAGAAGAAAGAAGAACAGCCGCUGAAGCCGAAAAGGGGAAGACGGUAGCGGAGACGACAGCUGGAGGCUGCCCUCACCCAGAGAGACGGGAGAGUCGGGGACUUUCCACCACCGCUCAUCUACCCAGGUCAUCGGGGCUUCCUCACCACCGUUCCAGCUUCUGCUUCUAAAGACAUCUAUAAGACCAAGAUUGGCUUUUUGGGACUUUUUCUGCUCCCCCUGCCGAGGAAGAACAAUUUUUGGACCAAGAGAGACUUUGUACGGGGUUUCCAGAUCCACUACUGAGUUCAUCCAGACGCAGGUCAGACAUCGGGCGUGGCAACUAAGGCCAAGUUGCCCGUUCUCUCUGUCUCCCAAAUUAUACUGAUUAGAGAAGAUUAUUAGAGAGGCUCAGUUUUAAUAGUUUUUAGUGUAAUUGAGUUGUUUUAGUCAUAUUUGUUAUUGCUUAAUCAAGAACUGAUGCUAUGCCCUUGCUGAAUUUAUUCAAUAAAACGCUAUAUUGCAUUUAAAGAGAA